AUGUCUCUUCAUGAAGACUCUUUCUUGACGAUUACAACAACCACAACAACAACUCCUCCGCCUUCAUCGAUGACAACAUCAACAGCUGCUCAGGACCACCGACCAUCGAUGGAAGAAAUCUCCUCAUUAAUGAUCGCUUCGGAGCCAACCAUAGAAGAAUCAUCGGGUCAGAAUCAUCAUUCAUUGCUGAGACAUUCCUUGACCUCUUCAGAUCAUUCCAAAAGUGAUGGUAGCAGUGAUCAUGAUGCAUUAUUGAAAGAUUAUGUGAUUGUGGAACACCAAAAUCGACCAUCCAUAUCAUCAUCUUCAUCAUCAUCGCUAUUCAAUGAUGAUUCAUCAUUCUUAAUCAUUUCUUCCAAUGCUGUCAAUCAUGAUGAAAAUAAUACUGAACAAUUUCAAGCAGCAAGCCUUCCCACGACAAAUCUAUCCUCUUUGGCAGCACGAAAUAGUAUGGAAGUUCAUCGCAAAAGAACCACAGUCACUCUCAAGAGACCUCCUCUCUCGAUUGAUGGAAUUGAUUUAGCGAGCUAUGGUGGUCUGAAUGCUGAUGAUGGCACGUCCAAUCUUUUGACAACACCAACCUCCUCCUCUUCCUCUUCAUCACUAUCAACGAAAAAACCAACAGGCAUGUCUUCAUCUCAACAACAAUACAUUGAAGUAAAACGAGCACAAGCCACUCGAGAAUAUAAACAAAAUUUAUUGAAUCAAACGAGUGUGCCCGUACUGCAAGAUUCACACACCAUGCAUGAAGACAUUGUGGAGCCCAAAGAGAUUAUAUUUCUUGACAACUUUGAAUAUGCUCUUAUUCCUGAUGAUGUACCAUAUUCUGAUCCAUUGUUUCUGAGUCAAGUGGAACGAUUAAAGCAAAUUAUUGAGAGAGAAUAUUCUGAAGUUGGAGCUCUUGCUCAGUUUAAGAGAGAUGCAAUUUUGUGGAGGAAAACUUUGGAAAGUCCUGAAUAUGAAGCUUUAGGCAAUGUAUUAAGAAGAAUUUUUUGUGUAUUGAGAUAUGGAGGAUUAUUGUAUAGAGAAGAUGAAAAGACACAUGAAUGGAAUAUUUGGCAUUCUACAAAAUAUCCAAUAGCGAGUGUUUUAUCACAUGGAAGUAGAGUAAUCAUUCAAUUGGAUAGUAUGGAUGGAGAAGGAGCAACACAUCAUAAUGGAGAUGAACAUUCUUUUUGGAAGUGGCUUAUUACUGGAAGCUGUGACGGAGACCUUUCAAAAUAUGUUUCGACCUACACAAGUGGAAAUGAAGCACGAGUUGAAGGAAAAAUAAUAUUCAGAAGAAUGGGAGCUACACAUGCUCUCGAUUAUUAUAAACCACAUGCAUCCGAUCAACCAUUGUUGGAUAGUUUACAACAGCUUAAUGGCGAAAUUACAAAUAUCACAGAAAAAUAUCUAAACGAAGAUGAGUUAGUGGUUCAAGCUCGACAACGAAGAAUUCAAAAAGAAAUUUCACGAGGAAAGGAUGAUCUUGUCACAAAUGCAUCAUUUAUGUCCUCAACCAGCUCUGCUCAAUCUAAAAUCAUCAUUGAUGAUCGAUAUGAUUUUACAUUACCUUAUGGCAAGAAAAAAGUGUUGCAUGAAACCAAGACCAUUGGAAUUACAUUUAGAGAUACCAAGUUAUUCGGAACUACAGAUGCAUUAUUGAAACAUCACAGACAUUGGGGAAUGAAUUUACCAAUGGGUGGAGCAGAAAAUCGUUCCUUGACAGGCAAGAAAAUAGAAGCAAAUGGUGAACAUGGACACAUGUAUCUGUAUUACCAAUCACCAAAGAAAGGAAGAUUUGGAGGUUUACUAAUUGGUGUGGAAGGAUCAGAAUAUGGAAAAUAUGAUCAAUGUGGAGGUUAUCAUAGUCUUUCAGCAAAAUCUCCUCAUUUCUCUCCCACGUUUGGAUAUAAAUGGAGAGCGAAACGUGAUGCACCUGAUCUCAGAGACGUAUCAAGCCCUGACAAAUAUAAUUCCCUAUUGAUAGAUCUUACUGGUGGAUGGCGACAUCUCAUUGAUAAAUUCAAUAACGAAUGGGAUGAUGAUUAUGUAUCAAGACCAGCUCUUCCUUAA